AUGGCGGACACCGGUGUGGUGGAGACGCUCCUCCGGCGGAUUGAGAAGGUGGACGACGGGGUGGACAGCCUGGAGGCGGCCGGCAGCCUCGGGCUGGACCACCAGGUCAUCGUCGGGGCUGUGAAGAGUCUGCAGGCGCUCGGAGACCUGAUCUCAGCCGAGCUGCGCUCCUCUAAACGCUGGGAGCUGACGGAUGAGGGCCGAGAGAUCGCCGAGCAGGGCAGCCAUGAGGCGCGGGUCUUCAGCUCCGUCCCUCCGGAGGGUCUGCAGCAGAGUGAGCUCAUGGUGAGUGACACACGGCCGAAACUCGUGGGAACUUUCAGUCUUGUUUUGGUUCGGGUGUAAACACACAAACAGCAAAGAAAGCUGUUCUUUAAAAAGCUCCCAAACGCAGAGAGUUUUCGAAUCCUUUAACACAGCAGGGGUUGCUUUUAACUGAAGUGAAAUAAAUAUAAAUUUGAAUGAACAAAUUUAAACAAAAGAAAAGUGCUUCGGGGAAAUAUUCCCUCCUAAGAUCUUGAAAGUAGGAGCUUUAAAACAAGUUUGUCCUUCUUAAAGUCAUUUUUUGUCCCAAAUGUAGUCACGUAUCUGCAAAAAGUUCAGAGUUUCCUGACAGGCCCAAAAACAGUUCCUGUGAGUCUCAGUUCCUCCAGC